UCCGGAAAACUCGUCAGAACGCUCCCACAGCAUUAUCUCUCGACGAAAGCCGGAGGAGUUCGUUGAUGGUGUUGCGUACGUGAAACUGGUCACUUGAUGACGCCAUUUAUGUAGUAAGAGGACACAUUCUCUCUCNGUGUGUGUGUGUGUGUGUGUGUGUGUGUGUGUGUGUGUGUGUGUGUGUGUGUGUGUGUGUGUGUGUGUGUGUGUGUGUGUGUGUGAAUGAGGGGGGUGUAGGCUCGCUGUGUCUCACUUAGGCUGGCACUCUGUUUAUGGUUAGUGAACAUUUUUUUCUCUCACACCAAGGUUAGGAGGUUAUUUUUCUCUUUUUUUUGAAUUUUGUUUUUCUGAGUCUUUUUUAUUAUUGUCCAGCGGAGAAUUCUGUGAUUUCAACAGAUCGACAAUUUUUAGCGGCGGCGUUGCCGAUCUUGUUGAUAUCUUCUGGAAGAGGGACGUGGCCGACGCAAACUCUUGUCAUCAUAUAUUUAUAGUUCAGAAUGGCGGAGCAGGUUGCAAUUGGGUCCCCAGUGUGGGUGGAGGAUGCAGAAGACAUGUGGAUUGAGGCCGUUGUCAUGAAAAUCGAGGCCAAGAAAAUUACGAGCAAGAACAUCAAGGGGACCAUCGUCGAGUCUUCCCCCGAAAUGGUGCAUCCUCGAGACGAAGACACGAAGCCGUUGGGAGUGGAAGACAUGACCCGGUUGUCCUACCUCCAUGAGCCCGGGGUGUUAGAUAAUCUUCUCCGUCGAUACAUGGAAAAAGAGAUCUACACCUACACUGGGAACAUUUGUAUCGCAAUCAACCCGUUUCAGGCUGUGCCGCACUUGGUCGGCACUCAGCUGAUGGAGAUUUUCAAGAACUCUCAGCCGGGCGAGGUCACACAGCCUCAUGUCUAUGCAGUGGCUGACAGGGCCUACAAAGCGAUGCUGGACGAGGGGCAAAGCCAGUCGAUUUUGGUGAGCGGGGAAAGUGGAGCCGGAAAAACGGAGGCGACGAAGCUGAUCAUGAACUACCUGGCCUUUAUGGGCGGACGCUCUGGUGGUGCUGCUUCCAGCGGCGGAGUGAGAACUGUGGAGCAGAAGGUGUUGGAGUCGAACCCACUGCUUGAAGCUUUCGGAAAUGCGAAGACAGUGCGUAACAAUAACUCGAGUCGCUUCGGCAAGUUUGUCGAAAUUCAGUUUAACGGGACGAAGAUCUCGGGAGCGGCUGUGAGGACGUACCUGCUGGAGAGAUCGAGAGUGACCCAGGUUUCCACUCCGGAGAGGAGUUACCACUGUUUCUAUCAGCUCUGCGCAGGGGCAUCGGAAGAGGAUAGGGCAAAAAUGAAGAUAGGAAAGGCAUCAGACUACCAUUACCUGAACCAGAGCGAGUGUUUUGAAGUGCCGCGUAUCGACGACAAGGAAGAGUACAGCAUCACACGAAACGCCAUGGACGUCGUUGGGAUAAGUGAGGAGGAGCAGGACGGCAUUUUCCGAAUCGUGGCAGCCAUUCUUCAUCUGGGUAACAUCGAGUUCGCGCCUGGGAAGGAUGCGGACUCGUCGAAGAUUGCGGACGAGAAAUCUCGAUAUCACCUUGAAGCCUGUGCAGAACUGCUGGCGUGUGAUCCCAAUCUUCUGGAGUACUCGUUGAUCCAAAGGGUCAUGAUGACUGGCACAGAAAAAAUCAAGAAACUUCUGAACAAAACUGCAGCAUUGGGUAGCAGGGAUGCUCUUGCAAAGACACUGUACGCCAAGAUGUUUGACUGGUUGGUGCAAAAAGUGAACGUGUCUAUAGGGCAGGAUGCGACCUCUACGACGCUGGUCGGCGUCUUGGACAUCUACGGCUUUGAGAGCUUCAAGGUGAACAGUUUCGAGCAGCUCUGCAUCAACCUGACGAACGAGAAACUUCAGCAGCACUUCAACAAUCACGUGUUCAAGAUGGAGCAGCAGGAAUACAUAAGGGAAGAGAUCAACUGGAGCAACAUCGAUUUUGUGGACAACAUUGACGUGCUGGAUCUGAUCGAGAAGAAACCGGUGGGGAUCAUCGCGCUGCUUGACGAAGCAUGCAUGUUGCCGAAAUCGACGCCGGAGUCUUUUGCGGCGAAGUUGUACGGCUCGUUUGACAAGCACAAGCGCUUCGGAAAGCAUAAAUUCAAGAAGACGCUGUUCAGGAUCGACCAUUUUGCAGGCGAGGUGGAGUACUCCACGGAGACGUUCAUCGAAAAGAACAAGGACUUUGUCAUCACUGAGCAUCAGGAGCUGCUGAUGAACUCCAAAGAUCCAUUUAUCAGGGAUGUGUAUCCCCCUCCUCCGGAGGAGCCAAAGCAGGGGGGCGGAAAGGGCGGCUCGAAGUCGUCUUUCUCUUCGAUUGGGACCCGCUUCAAGCAACAACUCCAAUCGUUGAUGGAAACGUUGAACGCGACAGAGCCGCAUUACGUGCGUUGCGUAAAGCCGAACCAGUUGCUGAAGCCUCUGAACUUCGACAAGAGGAUUGUUCUUCAGCAAUUGCGGUGCAGCGGCGUCAUGGAGGCUGUGAGAAUCAGCUGUGCGGGCUUCCCAACGCGGCGUACGUUCUUCGAGUUCCAAGACCGUUUCAAGGUUCUCUAUCCGGACGUGGUGGCCCAGUGCGGAGAGGACUACAGGCUGGCAUGCGUGAAGGUUCUGGAGCGAACAGGCCUCGAAGAUUAUCAGAUUGGCAAGACGAAAGUGUUCCUUCGGGCUGGCCAGAUGGCCACCCUUGAUGCAAGACGACAGACCAUUCUGAAUGCGGCAGCCAAAAGAAUUGGCCGCAGGGUGCGGACGUUCCUUGCCAGGGAAGAGUACUUGCGGUGGCGCGCCGGGGCCACUGUUAUGCAGACUCGCUGGAGAGGUGUCAUGGCUUUCAACUUGUUCACGUGGCUCAGACAAAUGGCGGCUGCCACAGAGAUGCAACGAUAUGUGCGCGGGAUGCAAGCCUUCGGGCGGUACCGUGAGAUGAAGGCAGCGUCCAUCCGAGUGCAGGCCGCAGUUCGAUCGCUGUGUGCUAAGAACGAGCUGCACAGGCUGCAGGAGCACCGGGCGGCCUCGAUCAUGCAGGCUAACUGGCGUGCCUGCUUCGCAUCCAAGUGCUAUAAGGAGGUCCUGUCGUCGUCUGUUGUUUUCCAAUCUGCAUGGCGGUCCAAGAACGCCAGGGCUGAUCUUCGUGACCUCAAGGAGCUGGCUUCCGAGAUAGCAGUGCUAACGGACGUGAAGCAAAAACUUGAAGGAGACCUUUCGGGUCUGCAGCAGGAGCUGACAAAAGAGGUCGGGACACGGACGGAUCUGGAAGCGCAGCGUGCUGCCGAGGUCACCAGUCUGGAGUCCACAACCGAGGAAGUGUGCAAAGACGUGUCAGCAACCAAGGCAGAGAUUGGCAAAGGCAGGGAGAAACAUGCGGAGGACCUGAGAGAAAUCAAGCAGCGUUCAGAGGAGGACUUGGAGGUUGGUCUCAGUGCUGAGCUCCCGCCUCAGGCGAAGAAGACAAUCGAAGGUCUGAAGCAGACCAACGAACAGUUCAAGAAAGCAAGCGAAGCCGCCACUGCAAGGAUCGCUGCGGCGAUGGCCAAGGUCACGGCUGCGGAGACUGCCACGAACGAGUGCCUGAACGAGAUGACGGAAGUGAACGCUGCUGCUGCAGCUCUGCGGGCUCAGAAGGCGAAGGAGGAUGCCGAAGCAAUAGCAGAAAUGAAGGCGGAGAUUGCGAAAUUGGAAGUGGAUUCAAAGCGCCUGCGCUCAGAGAACACGUCAUUGGCGAGAGUGGCGCGGAGGCUUGACCAUUUGGAGACGCAGGUGGAAAAGUUCAGGGACGAGGAGUACGAGGCGUCCAAUGUGGACACGACUGAGAUUGACGAGCUCAGGAGGACCGUGGCGGAUGUGGUGGAGAUCGACCCCAAGGAGAUAGAGUCGCUGAGGAAGAAGGCGGACAGCGUGGCCGCGCUCGAGGGAGAAGAAGAGAAGCUGCAGGAUGACAUAAGGAAGGCUCCAAAGAUAGACCCCGAGGAGGUGGAAAGACUCAAGCAGCAAGUGCAGAAAUGGGAAGAAGAGGCAGCUGCUGCAGCGGCAGCAGUGGAUGCAGCCAAGAGAGCAGCUGAAGCAAAGACUGCAGAGUUGGAGUCGUUGAGGGCAGAGGUUACGAGAAUGAACGGCAUCCAGGCUGAUUUGGUGAAGAUGAAGUCCACGCUUGUUUCGAUCUCGGUGCGGCAGUGUUUGGAUGCCGCCGAGAUGGAGGCGAUCAAGGAGGAAGCCAAGAGAUCAGUGGUUAUUCCUCCGCCGCCGGAGCCACCCGUGGUUCCUCUGGCGGAAAUCUUGGCCUUGAAGACAGAUGCUCAGAAGGUCCCGGCCUUGGAGAUUGAGCUGCAGAGCUUAAAGGCACAAUCCCAGAAGGUGCUGACGCUAGAGGCAGAGAACUCGACCCUGCGCGAGCAGGCGGCAAGAGCUGCAGAACCACCACCUCCUCCUCAACCGAGUGCAGCAGCUCCGUCACCUUAUGGUGCCGCGCCGCAGGGCAGUCCUGUUGCAGUCAUGGCAGCUUCUGGGCACCAGCAGCAUAUGACGCCGCCAGGAAGUCCUCCCAUGGAUGCAAUGAGAGUGUCGGCAGAGGGACCCCUGAGCGCACAGGGAACGGCCACUGUUUCUCAAAUGAGGGCUGGUGCUGUGGGGAUGCACCCUCAGUCCUCUAUGGCCAGUAACCCCAUGACGCCAAUGAUGGCCAAUCCGAUGAUGGCAAACGCAAUGGCCAAUCCGAUGAUGGCCAACCCAAUGGCCAACCCGAUGGCCAAUCCGAUGAUGGCCAAUCAGAUGAUGGCCAAUCCGAUGAUGGCCAAUCCGAUGAUGGCCAAUCCGAUGAUGGCCAAUCCGAUGAUGGCCAAUCCAAUGAUGGCCAAUCCGAUGAUGGCAAUGCAGACGAACCCCAUGGCACAGCUAAUGGCUAUGCAGAUGGGAAUGUUGAAUCCGAUGGCGGCUAUGAUGGGCUUUAACCCCUUUAUGAACCCCAUGAUGGAACAGAUGGGCAUGAGCAUGGGGCCUAUGGGCCACAUGGGCAUGAUGAAUCCGAUGGCGGCAAUGAUGAUGUCUCAGAUGGGAGGUGGCAUGGACAUCCCUGGCAUGGGCCCUGCUGCUCAAUCUAUGGCAGGCAGUACAGCGGACAAAUCCAACAGUAACAUCAAGAAGAAGAACGCCGCCACCAGCACUGGCAAGAAAUCCUCCUCCAAGAAACGGGUGGCAGCCGCCGACGGGUCAACUGGGACCACCAAGAGUGGUAGGAAUGCUGCUGCAGCAAGCACGAAUGGCCUUGGGAUGGGGGGUAUGGGCUUUGGCGGCAUGGCCAAUUUUUUCAACCCCAUGGCACGGAUGCAAGAGAUGUUCAAGAUGAUGCAGGCACAGAGUUCAAACGCUUCUGGAUCACAAAAUCGGGACAAAGACGAGGAAGGGAACGCGGAACAGCAGCAGCAGCAGCAGCAGGAGGAGGAGGAGGAGGAGGACGAGGAGGAGGAGCAGUUAUCUCUGCCGAAUGCAAUGGGAGCCGACAAGCUGCGGAUGUCAAGGGAAAGUCGGCUUCACUCCAAAGGAAGAACUUCAAGAGGGAAAUCGGGAAAUGCUGCGUUGUACCGAGAGAGUGUGGCUGAUUUGCGCUCGCUUCGAAGGGAGAAGGGCAGGGAAGGUAUGAUGGGGGAGGGAAGGCUAGUGAGGGGGAAGAAGAUGACGGAUGCUACCAGAGUUGCUGCGCGUGCCCAAAGGCACAGCAUCGCAGAUCUAUCAUUUGCGCAUGCCACGAAGGGCACGCCCGUCCAUGCUUCGGAGAGGGGCAGUGCAACUAGUCGGGAAGCAUUACCCCAGGGGAAUGGGGGAGAGAGCACCGUUGAAGAUGACUACAAAGAAGCAGCAGCUGCAGAGAAUGCUGAACCCAACGGUGAUGCAUCCGCUCCGUUGGUCCCAGAUACAUCAGCAGCUGUGGAAGCACCAGAACCAGUUACGCCUCUCAUUCGUUCGAGGACCGAUGUGCGUAUGUCUCAAGAUCAGAAGAAGAGGAGGGCGAUGAUGGAACAGAUCCAGCGGGACCAAGGUCUUCUCGUGCAGUCCAUCAUGCAGGACGUGGGCUUUGAGCACGGCAUACCUGUUGCGGCUGCGGUGGUCUUCAGGUGUCUUCUGCACUGGCAUUCGUUUGAGUCAGAGCACACCCGAGUGUUCAGCCGCAUCAUUAACGUUGUGGUCUCCGGGAUUCAGACGACUAUGGACAGUAAUGAUGGACUCGGGUAUUGGCUCUCCAAUACGUCCGUCUUGCUUGUUCUCAUGCAGCAGACAUUGAGGUUCUCCAGUGGACGAAGGAGCCUGUCGCGCAAGUCCAUGAUCUAUGGCAGUGGCAAGGGCCAUCUUGGAAUGGAGAUGGCAAAGAAUAUCGAGGGUCAGCGGCCUGCGAUGGUCUUCAAGCAGCAGGUGAAUGCGUGCCUGGAGAGGGCAUUCGGAAUCAUCCGUGACAACGUCACGAAGGACAUAUUUGGACAUCUCAGCGCCUGCAUCAAGGCACCAAAGAAAUCGCCAGAUAAUAGCCCACUCAGGCUCUCUCGCAAUAGUCUUGUCACUGAGGACGAUGGAAGCAGUGGCGGUUGGGGAAGCAUCAUCCCGAUCCUCGACCAGUUUAUGAACUCCAUGAAGGCGAACUUUGUGCUCCCUGUCCUUGUGAGGAAACUGUUCAUCCAAAUUUUCGGGUUUAUGGACAUCAAUCUUUUCAAUAGCAUAAUUAUGAGGAGGGAGUGCUGCUCCUACAGCAACGGUGAGUUCAUCAUGGAGGGGCUGAUGGAGAUCAAGCUCUGGCUGGACGACAGAGAACAGUACGCUGGCGGCGCCUGGGAGGAGCUUGCCCACAUCAGGCAGGCGGCCGACUUCCUGGUCUACAAGCAGAAGUCUUCGGCAAGUGCAGAUGAACUGAUCGCCAACCUGUGCUCAAGUCUCACCAUCCACCAGAUUCACCGUCUUGCAUCGCUCUACGUUGAUAACACAAACAUGCGUCCUGGAUUGUCGCCAGAGGUGCUUCAAACGCUAGCCGACAAGAGCCAUAGUUCGUUUGCCGACUCCUGCAUGCUUGCUGACGAUGAAAGAAUACCGUUUUCUGUGGAUGAGAUCAUCGAUGAUGCAGCCUUAUCGACGAGGGAAGUGAUGGAAGUGCAGGCUCCCACCAUGCUGAGAGAGAAUCCGUCCUUCCGCUUUCUUGUCGAUGUCACCGAUUGAUAACAAUACCUGCCUCAUGCGGCCGCUUCAGCUUUGGUGUGAAAGAGUAUGAACGCCUUUGCGCUGUUUCCUCUCUCACACUCUAUCGCUAUCCAUGCAUUUCCUUUGAGCAUAUGCCUGAAAAGGGACGAGUCAAGGGAGAAGGCAUAUAGAGCAGGGAGAAACCCGACCUGCGAUCGGUGGCAAGCUGUGCAGAAUUGUGUUUCGGACAGCUGCCAGGCCGACUGGUGUCAGCAUGCAAACAGGCACUGGCCACUACGGGAAAGCAACGGACGGAUUUCAUCUGGAAGUUCCACUACCUUAGGAUAUACCCAACUCUACCCUGCCCGAGGGUAUAACCUACUCUCUCUCUCUCUCUCUCUCUCUCUCUCUCUCUCUUGCACCAUAAAUGUGGUCCUGUGCACGUCCAAAUGCAUGCUAGGUUCUUUUCUCUGGCAGCGCCCUCGGGGUGCACCGAAGUUUGAGCUCUGUGGAAGAAAUAUGGUAGCGUGCAUGGCCCAUGGAUCGUAAUGUGGGUUACUUGCCGCAGACAGGCAACAAUACGGUGGGUGCACUAGUGUUGGAUGCAUUACGUGAUAUGCAACCAUACAAAUAUGGUGCCAACUAGCUGCUCGUUUACGUACAUCAUUCAUUGCAUUCAAUGUUGUUGUACUCACAUGCACAAGUACGCCACCUCUGUUACGUCCUUCAUCAUUAUCCGUUGCCUGCCGUACUAUGUCAUGUACAGCAGGGACGGGCGAGUGUUAUGUAGAAUAUCCGUCCAUAUUGCACUUCCACUGGCAAGAACGCAUGUGCUACCCGCCAUUCCACUCUGCAUACUGGCAUAUCUAAUGGAUGGUGCCUAGCCGUCUUUGUGCUCAGAUGGUUCGAGAUCAUCGUCGCUUAUCGGUCGAAUCGAGUCAAUCUCACGUGAGUGAACCGUGACAAUGUCGACAUUCUUUCGUUAUAUUCUUUCACAGAAGCACAAAGCGUGGAGUGUUCCGAGAAGUCACAGAGGUGGUUGCCUCCUUUUUGUGCGUGCAACGGCUCCGCACAAACGGGCACCAACUAGCCUUCUUGUUUACGUACAUCAUUCAUUGCGUUUAAUGCCGUCGUGCGCGCAUCCAUACGCAAGACACCGGCGUCGUUAUCCGUAGCCUCUGUACUUAACGUCAUGUACAGCAGUUACCGACCUGACGGUUGACUGUUAUGUACAAUAUCCAUCCCAUGUUACACUUACACACACGGGCAAGACGCAUGCGCAUGCACGUGCGCAUGCGCUACCCACUGAUAUUCCACUGCGUACUGGCAAUCGUUUGCUCAUUUGUUUAAGCCUCUAGCCGUCGCGUUGCCAAAUUCUCCCAUUAGCCAUCAUCACGCACAAGGAGGCUGACGUGGGCAUGGUGCAGCUUGUGGAAUGAACCAAGUAUUGACAUAUGAGACGUGUAGGAUGCGGUGGAGAACAGCUACGUGCAGGUUGCUGGGUGAUCAGGAAGGGAGGAUGGGAGACUCGAGGGAGAACUGAAGAGCUAUUGACAGAGAUGAAUAUUGAUGCUAGCUAGGGUUAUAUACAUGUCAGGCGACUGUUUUGUGCUCUAUCUAGUCAGAGCUCGACAUUGACGAGGAUUGCAUGCCAUCAACGAAUAGGAUUACAUCUUCUGCAUGGCAUUCCGUAGAGGCGUAAAAGAAAGUGUGCUUGCUUGGUUCUUGAACUUCUCAUUAUUAUUAUUAUUAUUUAUAAAGAAGAAGCGAUGGAUGGAGGUAGCAUACAGCAGCAGCAGCAGCAGCAGAGGGAUGUAUCUCCAUUCUGUAUCAGGUUUGUAAUGUGAUUUGCACCAAUUCGAAGAAGAAGAAGAAGAUGCCUGCCCAGCUGCUGUGAUUUGAAUGUCAGUCUUGAAGUGAUUCAGGGUAUACAUACGGGGGUGCUUUGUCAAAGACUAAGGGAUUUGUCUUCAAUCCAGUCAGGUCAGGUGUUUCGGGGCUUGGAACGAUCGUUAUCAACGUGAAGGAGGAGGAGGAGCAUGAUGAUUGCCUCGAACUGAAGAAGAAGCUGUCCGCGCAGCAGUUGUGAUUUGAAUGCAAGUCUUGGAAUGAGUGAGUCGGUGUACUUGCGGGGGAAUUUUCUUUUUCGUGAAGUCAAGGGAUUUGUCUUCGUUCCAGUCAGGUCAGAUGGUUCGGGGUUUGUAACGAUUGCCAACCAGCUUGAAGAAGAAGAAGAAGAAGAAGAAGAAGAAGGUGCCCGUUCAGCAGCUGCUGUGCGUCGAAUGUCGGUCUCUAAGUGAUUCAGGAUUCCACACUGGGACUUUGUUGACCUACUGAAUGUGGCCGUAAUCGAAGUCAGAUACGUGCAUUCCCAGCAGUUGCAAUUUGAGAAUGCUCUUAGCUCCUCUUCUUUCGUUUUUCCCGCUUUGGUUCAUUUACACGAAGGCUGCUCUGUUGGAACGAGACAGGGUACACACACCACUGCAAUCGAGGGUAGAACUGCGUGUGCUUUACUGUGGCGGCUACUGAAUGUGGCUGUAAUCGAAGGCAGAUGCGUUCAUUCCCAGCAGUCACAAUUGAUGUCAGAUACGUUCAUUCCCAGCAGUCACAAUUGAAGUCAGAUACGUUCACUCCCAACAGUCCCCAUUGACGUCAGAUACGUUCAUUCCCGGCGCCAAGGGUACACACUGCGUUCGCUUUACAGUGGCGCCUUCUACAGGACAGUUCAUGCUCUGGGAAGAGUAGAGCAAGUGUGGGCAAUCGCCGGACAAGUGCUCCUGAGGCAGUGUGUUCGUUCCUGCCUGAUUCAGAACCUAAAUUUAGCGCUGGCCGAUCCAUC